CUUAUCUCCACCUGUAUCGCAAAGCGCUUCUACCAAAUGGCGCCUCCUCCGCCUUCCAUCUUCACUCACAAAUAACCCUCUCCUCAUCUCCAUUUCCUAUUGCAAGGCGUUUCUCUCACCCUUUUUUCCGCCAAAUGGCCUCCUCCGCCUUCCACCUCUUCCCGCCACCAAACUCCCGCCUUCCUCAUCCCCACCCUUCCCGCCAAAAGCUUCCCGCUACCCCAUUCCGCGGCCCCCGCUGCACCUCCUCGUCCCCUUCCAUUGGAAACCCUGACCCUGCCUCGGACUCGAAUCCUACCCUUGAAGCUAACCAAUCGGAGGAAUUGCCGGACCUCCCGCCGGCGGCCAUCACUACCUCCUUCGAGAUCGAGAAGCGGUGGAAGUCGGCGAUCCUCCGCGAACCCGGGUGGCGGUCCGGUCUGCAGAGACGGGAGCCGCCCAACUUCGAGAUCGGGUGGAAGCGGACCAAGGAGAUCAAGAUCGAGAAGCCCAAGGGGUGGGUGAUCGCGGACUUCCUGGAGAAGCUGGAGGGGCUGAUGGCGCGUGGGCGGUUCGGGACCGCGGAGCUGCUGGCGAAGACCGGGGAGAUCGUGGCGGAGCGGGCGCGGGAGGAGGCGGAGGUGCUGCAGGCCGGCGGCGAGGUGGAGGAGCGGAUGGUCACGGAGCUGCACCGCGUGCUGCGCCUCAUGGAGAUGGACCUGGCCAUGGUGCGGGCCGCCGUCAAGGAGGAGACGCUCGCGGAGCGGAUCGAGCAGGCCCGCGCCCGGUGCCGCCAGGCCAUCCUGGUGGCCCUCUCCUUUUGAAACAGAAUGAGGUUGAGAUCAGCAUUACCCAAGCGCGCAAACUGUUUGUUCAAAUGCUCGAAAGGGAGUGAGCUCGCUGUAUUGUCGUGAUGGAAUGCAGCAAUCAAUCACUUGAUCA